CUUUUUUUAUUCUUUAUUUGAGUCUCCAACAAACCUCUUCACCAGUGAUUCAUCUCCAAGCUGAAAUGGAGGUGGAGUCCAUCGCACUUGAAUCCAAAAAACCCCCGGAAAAUCUGGGUUCAACAAGUAUGUCCUCCUCCGCUCUAUUUUGGCCUCCGCAAAUUCUGUCCUUUUAGGCUACGGUGACUUCUGUUAUUCCAUCAAUUCCAACACCCCCAGAUAAAUCUAUAACGUUUUUCGAGUCGUUAGUUAUGGAAAAAUAUUGUUUUGUAUUUCAUUUUAUACUAAAAGUUAGUACAGAAGGGUAUUUAUACGCAAGAUAUGAAUGUUGAUUGAUUUCUGGAAUCAUACUCAUUCAUUGGUAGAAUCAUGCUGAUUGUUUUUUUGAAAUCAUGCUUAUUGAUGUUAUUAUGCUAACAGUCUUGAGUACUUGUUUAUCUGUGUAGAACUAGAUCUCUGUGAAUGUUAAUUAAUUGAUUAAGUGGUGUGUUUGCAGAUAUUGGAGUGAUGAGUGGGGCAGUUCUUUAUAUAAAAGACAACAUGAAAAUCGAUUCAGCGAAGGUCGAAAUUUUCGUGGGAAGUUUAAAUGUAUGUUCACUAAUAGGAUCAUUGCUUUCUGAGAAAACCUCAGAUUUCUGGGAUCAUUGCUUCUCUGCCGUCGUGCCUUCUGUUAUCAUUGCCGCCAGGGUUAUCAUCAUGCUGGAAUUCCCCGGGUGGCUUGUGGUUAAAGAUAGAAUCGAUCAAGCAAAGGCGGUUUUGAUGAAAACUUCUCAUUCUCAUGAAUCUGAGCUCAGGCUUGCAGAAAUUGUAAAAGCUCAUGAAGAAUCUAAAAAAAACAAUACAAAAGGGGUCUGGAAGGGGAUUUUAAGGCCGACCCCUGCCGUUCACCGGAUGCUUGUGGGGGCGAUUGGGAUAAAUUUCUUUAUGCAAGCUUCAGGCAAUGAUGCUGUUAUAUACUACACUCCUCAUGGGUUCAAAGAUGCAGGGAUUCAUAACAUGAAAUCUCUGUUUCGUGUAAAUGUGAUAAUGGGCUUAUCCAAGACUAUAUUUGUGUUCAUUUCACCUGUAUUUUUGGACCGUUUUGGAUGGCGGCCGCUUUUGUUCAUCGGCACCACCGGGGUGGCCAUGUCGUUGGCUGUAUUGAGGGCGGCCUCAAAGGUUAUUGAAAACUAUAUGUCACGGGCUCAGGUUGGGAGCCGUGAUAAGGCUUUGGGCAACUACAAGUGAUGGGGAGUUUAAGAGCGAAUGUAUGUGGUCAUUGGGUUCGUAGAUGCAACAACCGUAGUUGGGAGUACUCCAGCCACGGGGCGUGCACAAUGUUGUUGU